GGUUGUUGGAGACGCGAGGCCCAAGGACAGGGAGGCGAAACAGCGAGCUGGAAGGCCGAAUGGCGCCACACUGGGCACCAAUCUUUCCUCCACUCGCCACUUUUUUUUACUGCAGUAUUUACGGCUAUAACAGCAUUUUUCUCUUCCUUUUGGUACUGUAAUGGCUGGGCUAAGCAGCACCGUUGAGCCGGAAUCACGGAUACGGUCGGAGCCCAUUGCGCCGCGGUCCAGGCGCGCAGUAUUCGCAGACCGCAUCCACGCCGGCGAGCAGCUGGCGAACAACCUGGGCGAGUACUCACGGGACCGCACAGCGGUUGUCUUGUCGGUGAGCCGCGGGGGAGCGAUAAUCGGGUCGGUGGUGGCCGAGACGCUAGGGAUUCCCCACUACUACUACAUGGUCAAGGCGAUUCCGUGGCCGCAGAUGCCGCGGCUGUCGCUGGGCAGCGUGGCAGGCGACGGCAGCGCGCGCAUCGACAAUGCAAUUGCGCAGAGCGUGGGGAUGGCGCAGGAGGAGCUGCUUCGGAUAGUCAAGGAGGCCGACCAGGGGCUGCUGCGGGAGCAGGCGGCGUUCCACCUGGACGUGCCUGGCCGCGACGAGCUGGACGGGCGGACGCUGGUUGUGGUGGAUGACGGAUGCGAGGCGGGCGACACAAUGCGCGAGGCAAUCAUGCAUUUACGUCACUGCCACAGCGAGUGCAGAAUCGUGGUCGCCGUGCCCGUGUGCCUGGCGGAUCUGAAGCGGCAGCUGCAGCGGCAUGCGAGCGUGAUUGAUAUUGUGUCGCCGGUGUUUACGGGCUCGGUUGCGCGGUGGUAUGCGGGUGGAGCAACGCCGGUGGAGCGCGAGCGGCGGAAACUGGAGCAGAUGUUUGAGGGCGACAUAGGGCAGUUUGAUAUAGAUUAACAUGAGCUAGUACCAGCGCAACCUUCACCCACAGCUACGCUGCAGCAACCGCCCAUGCAUGUCUGGCCAGAAGCUGCUGACUCCAGGCAAUGGACGUGUGGUGGGAAGUGGCCAGCAGGCGGCGGCAUUCAAUGCAGGGGCUGGGCGAUGGAGUGGGCUCCUCGCCGCCAGGCCGGAUUGAAGCCCCCUCGGCGAGCCAGCUGCUUAUGCAAGGGGGCAACGGAGUCGCCGCUCGUCGUCACAGGCGAUUGGGCUCUAUCCGCAUCCCUGCGUCCCUUGUAAGACACA